ACGUGAUUAUCCAGCAAGAAGGGAGGGGGGCAAACAUGGCCGACGAGUUGGCGGGAGUAAACACAACUGCAGAGGAUGGCGAAGCAAAACAAGAACAAGAGCUCGCCCAACUUUCAAACACGGACACAGACUCAAACGCCUGCGACAAUCACACUCCCGACCGGGAUGAGAGGUCGCCGUCGGAUAGCAGCUGGUCGGCUCCGCUUCUGUCGCUGGCUCGCAAGGCCACAGAGACGCUCAGUAGCGGGGUGAGCUACGCUUCUGGACGGAUGAACUCCGCUGAGAACCCCGAGGCGGAAAAAGAGCCCGAAAUUGAUCUAACCCCCACUGGAAAGAAGCUUCCAGUGCUGCCUGCCAAAGACCCGAUGGCAAUUGAAAGAUCCAAUCUUCUCAGCAUGUUGAAGCUCAGCAUCAAGGUUUUAAUCCAGUCCUCACUGAGUUUGGGCAGGACACUGGACUCCGAGUACCCGCCCUUGCAGCAGUUCUUCUUAGUACUGGAGCACUGCCUCAAACAUGGGCUAAAAGCCAAGAAGUCCUUCAUCGGUCAAAACAAAUCCAUUUGGGGACCCUUGGAGCUGACUGCUCGGUUGUGUCCAGAUUCUGCCAACAUAGCCACAAGUGCCAGAGACCUGCCCGGCAUCAAGACUGGUUUGGGGAGAGGGCGGGCAUGGCUGCAUUUAGCACUCAUGGAAAAGACGAUGGCUGACUAUAUGAAAGCCUUGCUAGACGGCAAAGAUCUCCUGAGUGAGUUUUAUGACCCCGGAGCCCUGAUGAUGGAGGAGGAAGGGGCGGUGAUGGGGGGACUGCUCGUGGGCCUCAAUGUACUCGAUGCGAACCUCUGUAUUAAAGGUGAAGACCUGGAUUCUCAGGUGGGAGUCAUUGACUUCUCCCUCUAUCUGAAAGACUCGACCAGCACGGAGACCCCAAAAGAUCACUCCAAGAUGACCGCCAUCUUGGAUCAGAAGCAUUACAUUGAGGAGUUGAAUCGUCACCUCAGUGGCACCGUCACAGACCUUCAGGCGAAGAUGGACUCUCUGGAGAAAACCAACAGCAAACUUGUCGAAGAGCUCGCGGCUGCGACAGACAGAAUCAACUCUCUGCGGGAAGAACAGGAGCAGCUGAGACAGGACAACGCACUGAUAUUGCUUGCCAGUCAGAAAAAGGAAGAGGCAGCACUUCAGGACAGCCAGGUGGAGCUGGAAACCUACAGACAAACCCGGCAAGGCCUGGAUGAGAUGUAUAAUGUCGUUUGGAAGCAGUUUAAAGAAGAAAAACGCAUUCACCAGGAGCUGGAGCGAGAGCUGGAGCUGCAGUUGGGGCUGAAGCAGGAGAUGGAGAUGGCCAUGAAGCUCCUGGAGAAGGACUCGCAUGAGAAACAGGACUCACUGGCUGCCUUGCGACUCCAGCUGGACCAAGUCAAAGCUCUGAACCUUCAAAUGUUCCACAAAGCUCAGGACUUUGAACGAGAGGCGGCCAAAAAACAGGCAGAGGCCGAACAGCUGGAGACAAAGAUGGACGACAUGACGAAAGCUAUGACAGAACUUGAGCGGAGGCUUCAGAAUUCAGAAAAGGAUCGUAAGAAGAGCGAGCAGUCAGAUAAAGACUUGAGGGUUGAGCUGGAGGGAAAAGUGAAUGCUCUCGAGAAACAACUGAGUGACCUGGACGCACUGAGGCUGGGUUUGGAGAAGGAGCUUCUGGUUGAGAGGCAACAGCGACAAGGCCUACAGAAAGCCCUUCAGAGGGAGCAGGACAACAGUGCUGAGCUUCGCACCCAACUACAACAACUCCAAGGACUGCAUGCCGAACUGCAGGAUCUGAAGCAGGAGAAACAGCAGCUGCAGCAGACAUGUGAGCAGCAGGAGCAGGCUUUGCAGGAGAUGGGGCUUCAUCUCAGCCAGUCGAAACUCAAGAUGGAGGACUUUAAGGAGGUUAACAAAGCCCUGAAGGGCCACGCCUGGUUAAAAGAUGACGAGGCCACUCAAUGCAAGCAAUGCCAAAAAGAGUUUUCGAUCUCCCGAAGAAAGCACCAUUGCAGGAACUGCGGGGAUAUUUACUGCAGCACUUGCUCCAGUAACGAGCUGCCUUUACCUUCGUAUCCGCGUCCCGUGCGGGUCUGUGACAUGUGUCACUCCUUGUUGCUGCAGAGGAGUUCAUCCAAAUCUUCCUGACACAACACUGACCAUUGGCGUCUCACGCUACACAAACAAGAUGAUUAGCCACGUUUGUUUAUGAAUGUCAAUUUGGUGUUACAGGUAUAUCUCAUCUUUCGACCUGAAAUUCAGCAACAUUACAUGCUUUUCAUACUCUUUCGCUGGGCAAGACUGAACUCUUGUACUCUUUUCUAUUACUUGUGUAGGUAUGCUGGAAUUUUUUUCCCCCAGAAUUGUCUUUUUAUUUUGGUAUUAUUCACAUUGUGGUGCACUAACACUGCAGUAGCAAAGUUUACACCAGUGUUGCAUCUUUGCAAAUUGUGUAUAGAAUGAUAAAUCUAUUUUAGAAUGUAUUAACAAACUGCUAAAAAAAAUAAAUAAAUAAAGGGAACACUUGGCGGUAUAUAAUGUUGCUCAGUGUUCCCUUGAUUUUCUUGAGCAGUUUUACCUGGUGGAUUGUGUACACUCUGAAGAUGUUUUCUAUAAUCAGAGGAAAUACAUAUUUUUAACUUAAUAUUUAAUAAAUGAAUACAAUUUGCAAUGUUUCCUUGACUGUCCAACUACUUUAUUCACUUUGCUCACAGAAAAUACAAAUAGCAUUACAGGCAGAAGACAGGUCAUGUAAUGAUUCCAGAUUUACUUAGUCCCGAUGGUUCCCGUCAAGAAAAACUGCCUUCUAACUGGUCACACCUUAAACAUGCUGCAAAUGUCAAUGCACAAUUUUGAUUUACAUUGCACCACUGUAAAUUAAACCACUGUUGUAAAACGAGAGCAACAAUGUCUAAAACCUUAGAUUUGUUCGUGCACUCUGACAUACAAAAUGUGGUAAGACACCAGCAACACGGGAUGAGUUGUAUAGGGUGUCUGGAGAAUAAACAGCAAAUUGUGGUCAUAAAAAUGGAGCAGAAUGGGUGACAACUGUGAGAGCAGACAAUCUCUAUCCUGUUUUAGGAUCAUGCAUUC